GAAUAACAGCGGCGGCAACAACAACAACAACAAUAACAAGAGCCGCAGGAGCCGCCGCCACCGCCGCAGCUGAAGUGGUGCAGCAAACUAACUUUCGCCUUUCUUUUACAGUCUGUGAAGUGCCGCUCGCCUCAUGUGAAAUAGUUUCGGAGAAGAAGCGAUCGCAGACGUACAAAGAAUUAAAUAGAAGAACUCCGGAAAACCGGCCAUGAUGAUGAGUGUCCGGACGCGGCUGUUUAGAUGCAACGACCGGCGUUUUAAAAAACGAGCACGGAGCUGAAAUGAAAGCAGGAAAAGAAGCCUGACAUGUUUCAAGCAAGACUGGCCCCUUGCCCUCGACGGGGGUGAUCGAGACUCCCACCUUUCGAAAGCAUGCCUCAGAGAAAGAGGAUCCUGGCUCCUGUGGGCGGUAGGAGGCCAGCCAGGUCCCAGGAGGACUGGUUCCCCUUCAACUCCCUGCCGGUGGACUGCCAGCUACAUGUGCUGUCCUUCUUGGGCGAGGUGGACAAGUGCAGCGCGGCCCUGGUGUGCUCCAGCUGGAGUCGCCUAGUGCGGUCGGGCAAGCUGUGGAGGGUGGCGGACUUCUCCCGACGGGGCGCCCUGCAUACGGGUCAGGAGGGGCUGCUGGUGUCCAACCGGGAGUUUGAGCGCUGGAAGGCAUGGGUGCACAACUACGCCCACCAUCUCAUGUCCAGAGGGGCGAGUUUGCUCACCCUCAGGGCCAGCUUCGACCUGGGGGACCAGUGCAAUAAAUGGGGCGAGUUUCUCUCGAACCUCUUAGAAAGCGUCCACUGUCGGGACCUCAGCCACCUUGACCUGAACUGGACCUUCACGCUCCUGGAGCCGCUGGACCUCCGGCUCCACGCUGGCUCCAGCUCGCAUCAAGAGAGCGUCACCAAGCUGGAUCAGGUUUGUAACUUCCAGAUCCUGUUAGAGAAACUCGCCUGCCAGUGUCCACGCAUCGCAAAAAUGCGCCUGCCGUUUGACUGGUCUGAGGCUUCUGUCUCGCUGCUGUCUCGCUUCCGGUGUCUCCGCGUCCUGGAGCUCAAGUACUUCUGGGUUUUCAAGGGGGUCAACCCAGGGACCCUACAGGCUUUGGCCGAGGCCCUGCCUAGCCUCCGCUCCCUGACGCUGCACAUCCUGGUGCCACUGAGGAACCUGGGAAUCUCCUAUACGCUGGAGUCACCCUCGCUAGAGUUCCUUGACGUAUCCCAGAGCCGUGGGCUGGUCUUCUCCCGCCUUCGCCUGCCCUCCCUCCGGGAGCUGCGAGCCAAAAAAGCAGUGCGCGGCAUUACCCUCGACCGGCGGACAAGGCUGCGGAUACAGAGCCGGUGGCCCUGUCUUUACCAGGUCUUGAAGGAGGGGGCACCCAAACUGCAGGCCCUCAACAACGAGCGAUUGUUACCCAGCUGGAAAGAGCAGAGCUACGGGGAGUUGACCUCCAUCCUCCAGCAGUCUUGUUAUUGCCUUCAGCACUUAGACAGCUGGCUUUGGUGAGGACACUGCUUUGGUCUUGAAUAUUAUGUGCUUAACAAAGUCUCACGCUAGUUAGUUAAAACGUUUCAGUAAUUUUUGCCAUAACAGGCUGCUGAUUUUUUGCUUUAUUCAAUGCAAUUUUCAAUUUUUACCUAUCCUUUUAGUACACCAUCACACUGGACUAUGAAAAAAAAUGUACACAAUAAAACCAUUUAAUGGGAUCUGAAGUUGAUUUAAAAACAUUCCAGCAGUGUAAGUAUUCUCACUUUUCAAAUUAAAAACAAUUAAGUGGAAGCUGUCAUCUAAUGGAGAUGUAUUUCACAUUUUAAUUAAAAGAGGGAAUAAUAAAAAUCUCUUUAUCAGUUACACAUAUACUGUAUUGGGGUGAGUCAUAUGGUUGAAAAGGCCCAGUGAAUGAAUAAAAUA